ACUUGUUUGCUUGUUUAUUUGUUCAUCAUUUUGUCAGUUUUUGCAUAUACUGCUUGCCCCUAACCCUGCUUUCGGGAAAACGACUUCCUUUCUGCCUGACAGCUUUAGUCUCUGUUGUUUUUAUUAUUAUUAUACCACCCUAUACCUGGGGGUCUCAGGGUCAAUGACUUCCCUCCUUCUCUUUCCAUGGUUCAUUUUGCAUAAUAUAAACCCUUGCAUGUUUUACAUGAACUAAACCAUUCUGUAUUCCAUUAUUACAUCCAUCAAAACUUUUUUACACUGUUAAAUUUAUCCUUAAUGCUGCCAGCGUUUUCAGCUGUACACAAUUAUUUACCAUAUAUUCAAUAAACUUUUUCCAGUCCUCUUUAAACGUGGCUUCCGGUUUUAAUUCAUAUUCCUAUUACUUUUUUAGCUUUCAGAAAGCCGCCUUGGCUGCUCUUGUUUUGAGCAGGAUGUAAAUUGGGUAAACGAGUCAUACGAUGAAAACAAUACCAGCCUACCUUACAGGGUUGUUGCUAAUAAUAAUAAUAAUAAUAAUAAUAAUAGAAUGAAUGUGCAUGAAGUGAGCCCUGGGGUGUGUCAGAUUUAAGCCUGGGCUUCUCUGUAGCUAUGUGGCAGGUGUACCUGGACCAGGUAGAAAGAGGGUCAAGAAAAGCAUGCAGAGCCCGGGGCAACUGUUGCCAAGAAGACUGAGAAAGACUUAAAACUGUGGUCAAAACAAAAUAAAAAAAUACCUUCCAGUAGCACCUUAGAGACCACGUAAGUUUAUCAUAGGUAUGAGCUUUUGUAAAACUGUGGGGCAGUUAUAGUGAAGUGAAAGGCGUGGGGCAAGGGAAAGAUUGCCUCCUUUGGGGAGGAAGGGUGAGGUGGAAAUAUUAAUAAUAUACUGAUCUGGGCGGGAGUCUGAAACCAAAACAAGUACAUAAAGUUUAAAGAAAUUAUUGGGGGGGGGGGAUAACUUCAGUGUAUGGUCACUUCAACAUCCUACAUUCCAGGGGUAGCCAGGAGGAAUAUCAGUUGCUGGAAACCGCAAGGAUGGUGGAGGAAAGGACUGUUUUUCAGUCCGUCCAUCCCCGAGGCAUCUGGUUGGACACGGUGAAAGGAGGCUCUCCUUAUCUUCUUGUUGAAAAUAAACAGUGGCACGAAAUAAUAAAGGUGCAAUGAUCAGAAGAGGCAUCGUUUGGCAUCUGUGAGGACUGUUGAUCUGUUCUAGCAAGGCUGUUAUUGAAGUAUGGAAGUUCAAGAACAUCUGGAAGGGACCAACUUCCUAUUAUAUAUAUAUAUAUAUAUAUACUGCCCUUCAUCCAUAGAUGAAGUUCACAACAUAAAAAUGUUGUUGUUUUGUCGUUUAGUUGUGCCCGACUCAUUGUGAUCCCAUGGACCAGAGCAUGCCAGGCACUCCUGACUUCCACUGCCUCCCACAGUUUGGUCAGACUCAUGUUGGUAGCUUCAAGAACAUAAAAAGACAAGAUAAAAAAAACACAAAAUACAUAAUAAAAACAAGAACAAAACAAACCAGUAACCCCCCUUCCCCCUCCACAACUGAAAUUCCAUCUUGAUUUGCUUGCCCAAAACGUAACACGGAGGUUAGACUAUGCCUGGUCAUUAUUGAGUUGUUAUUUUUUUAAAGGGAGGAUAUGACAAUGAGCAUUUGCCCUGCACUUAUCCUGAUUUGCUUGGGGAGCGUUUGCACAUCUUCCUGUUGAUUGUUUGUUCACCACUGCUAAUUAUUAAUGCUUUCCCCCCAUCUACUUUCUGAGACUGAGAUCCAGCUCCGAGGGUCUUCUGGUGGUUCCCUCGUUGCGAGAAGCCAAGUUACAGGGAACCAGGCAGAGGGCCUUCUCGGAGGUGGCGCCCACCCUGUGGAACGCCCUCCCAUCAGAUGUCAAAGAGAAAAACAGCUACCAGAUUUUUAGAAGACAUCUGAAGGCAGCCCUGUUUAGGGAGGCUUUUAAUCUUUAAUCGAUUAUUUUAUUCUCCUGUUGGAAGCCGCCCAGAGUGGCUGGGGAAACCCAGUCAGAUGGGCGGGGUAUAAGUAAUAAAUUAUUAUUAUUUAACCUGCAAAAAGUCUGUUGUUUUUUUUAAAAGUGCAUUUGUUGCACUAGGAUGACAGAAUCCUUAAACCCGCUAAAAAUGUGCAAAAGCAGAAUUCUGGGUAUGUGGUGCCUCUCCAAAUACCAACAGUCUGAAUAUGAGCUAACAUGGCUAUAAACACACAAAAAUGUUGCUUCUGCCUCUUUCCUUUCCCCUCAGCCUUUUCUCUUCCUGAACCUGACAUGCUGUCUCGGCUUGACCCCAGAGAAGACCCAUGGGUGCCGGAUCUUCCUGCCAAAAAGGAAAGGGAGAUCCCGUUGGACGGUGGAGAGGAGUUUCCUGAUGUGAUCAUAAAGGUGGAACAGGAAGAGGAGCUGUGGCUUCCGGAGAAAUUGGAACAAGGAGCGAAACCUCUGAAUUCCCCUCUCCAGGAUAGAGAAACGGUAUCCUCGGGGUUUUCUGCUGUGAUAAUCAAGAAGGAAGAAGAUGAUGGGCUUUGGGUAGUGUAUCACCAGGGCUCUGAGGAAAACAAAACAUCCCCACCUGCCCACUCAGAAGAGGGCCAUGGGAAAAGGUGCACGGAGGAGAAAGAGAAUAAAUGCUCAGACUGCGGGAAAAGCUUCACGCAGAGGUCGAGCCUCAUCCGACACGAGAAGACGCACACAGGGGAGAAGCCCUACGAAUGUGCAGAGUGCGGGAGGAGCUUCAGCCAGAGGUCGAUCCUGACCAGGCACGAGAGGACCCACACGGGAGAGAAGCCGUACAAAUGCUCAGAGUGCGGGAAGAAUUUCCGCCACAAGUCGGCCCUUCUCAGGCACGAGAAGAUGGAGGCUGGGGAGAGGCCAUACGAAUGCUCUCACUGCGGAAAGGGCUUCAUUCAGAGGUCCAACUUCCUCAUCCACGAGAGAAUCCACACCGGUGAGAAACCGUACCUGUGCUCGGACUGCGGGAAAAGCUUCGUCCAGAGGUGGCACCUGCUCGUCCACGAGAUGACGCAUAAGCCCGAGGAGCCCUAUCAGUGCACAAAGUGUGGGAAGAGAUUCAAGCACAGCCUCAACCUUGUCGUCCACGAAAGGAGCCACGUGGGCGAGAAAGUGUACCCGUGCCCAGACUGCGAGAAGAGCUUCACGCAGAGGUCGAGCCUCGUACGGCACAAGAAGACGCACACCGGGGAGAAGCCGCACAGGUGUGCCGAGUGCGGGAGGAGCUUCAGCCAGAGGUCGAUCCUGACCAGGCACGAGAGGACCCACACGGGAGAGAAGCCGUACCAGUGCUCAGAGUGCGGGAAGAAUUUCCGCCACAAGUCAGCGCUUCUCAGGCACGAGAAGAUGGAGGCCGGGGAGAGGCCGUACAAGUGCUCUCACUGUGGAAAGGGCUUCAUUCAGAGGUGCAACUUUCUCAUCCAUGAGAGAACUCACACGGGCGAGAAGCCGUACAAAUGCGCCGAGUGCGGGAAAGGCUUUGUUCAGAGGUCGCACCUUCACGCCCAUGAGAUAAUGCACAAGGAAGAGGAGGCCUUCCAGUGCUCAAAGUGCGGGAAGAGGUUCAACCACAGCUUGAGCCUCGUCAUCCAUGAAAGAAGCCACACUGGAGAGAAACCGUACCCAUGCUCUGCCUGUGGGAAAAGCUUUGUUGACAAAUCGAGCCUGGUCAGGCACGAGAGGGCCCAUCGAGUAGAGAAGCCAUACACGUGCUUCAGCUGCGGGAAAAGAUUCGGCUAUAGGUCGGCCCUCCUCAGGCACAGGAAAACCCAAGCGGGAGGGAAGCCAUAUUGGUUUUCGGCCUGUGGGAAAAGCGUCAUUCAGAAAUUGAAGCGCCUUGCACACGAGAGAACUCACAACGGAGAGAGCCUGUACAAGUGCGCUUACUGUGGCCGGACCUACAACUUGAAGUACAAGCUCCUCAUCCACGAGAGAGCCCACACCAGGAAGAAACCUUACCAGUGUUUGGAGUGCAGGAAGAGCUUCGGCCAGAGAUCCAACUUCAUUGUGCACCAGAGGACCCACACGGGGGAAAAGCCCCACAAGUGCUCUGAUUGCGGGAGGUGCUUAAACGACGGGCGCAACCUCGUGAAGCACAAGAAGACCCACACGGGAGAGAAACCUUACCGGUGCCGCGUCUGCGGAAAAAGCUUCACGAACAAGUCAAGCCUCGUUGUGCACGAGAGGACUCACACCGGAGAAAAACCGUACGGAUGCUCAGGUUGCGGGAAAGGCUUCACCAGCAAAUCGAGCCUGAUUAAGCACGAGAGAACUCACACAGGGGAGAAGCCGCACGCCUGCCCAGAUUGUGGGAAAAGCUUUGUUCAGAGGUCGAACCUCCUCAGGCACGAGAGGACGCACAAAGGGGAGAAAACGAAUCCGUCCUCAGACGGAGGGGAAAGUUCUGGUGGUGACUCAGCCCUGACUAGAUACGUAGGGGCCCAGGCGGAAGAGAAACCCUACAAAUGCUCCGAGUGUGGGAAAAGCUUCCACGAGAGACGGAACCUCGUCGUGCACGAGAGGACGCACACGGGGGAGAGGCCAUAUAAGUGCACUCACUGUGGGAAAACCUUCACCAACAAAACUACUCUCGCCGUCCACAAGAGAACUCACACGAGGGAGAAGCCGUACAGAUGCCCCAGCUGUGGGAAAAGCUUCCCUUACAAGUCGAGCCUGAUCAAACAUGAGAGGACCCACACGGGAGAGAAGCCCUACAAGUGCUCCAGCUGCGGGAAAGGGUUCAACCAGAGCGCCAACUUGCUGGCGCACGAGAGGACCCACACAGGAGAGAAGCCGUUCAAAUGCUCGGACUGCGGGAAAAGUUUCGGCGACCGGUCGAAUUUGAUCAGGCACCAGAAAAGUCACACCGGAGAGCAACUCUAGAAAGACUCGUGCUUUGGUAGCGUAGGAAGAAACCUCACAGCGGAUAUUUCCUGCUAGGCGUCAUGGGAAACACGCAGGAUAUACCACAACAGGCUUUAUCUUCACUUUGGGUCACGUGAUAGAGCUUUUUCUGGGCUGUACAAUUUUACAGUGCUGUGGGGUGUUCACACAGUUGAAUGUUCCCUAAUUUGGGGGCAGGGGCAGGAUCUUCCUGCACACAGAGAAUUAGCACAUCAAUAAAAGGAACUUGGGCAUGCUAUGUUUCUAUCUAUGGGGAAUUUUGCAUAUGGAGGAACAGCACACACACACACACACACACACACCAAGCCUCUAGCAGUCCAGUCUGGGGGGGGGGGGGAACACCAACUUCCUGGUGGCUAGUUAAUGUGAUCUUCAGUUCCUUACCCCACAGACCUUAUCCUUGAGCUCUGCGUUCUUAAUACCUUCGUCCUGUUACCUUUCACCUUUCCCGUUUAACUUCAUUGCAGUACCGCACUUCAGAACAAAAACUUUUUAACGCUUGCAAUGUUCCCACGGGGGAAUUAAUUGUAGGGGCAAAAGAGAAAGUUCGCGGAGAACGCUUGGUUUGGCUGGCCACAUCAAACAGCAUGGAAAACUAUUACAACAGUCCGUUCUUGCAGAUCUGAAAUUAGAUCUUUUUCCGGGCGAACCCUGCUCUGGUAAUCCUCUUUUGCAAUUGCCGGUCUUUUGCCACCCGGAAGGUGCAUGCGCAGUCUGGGUCUCCCAGGCCAGUGGCACAAAGUCUGUGCCACCGUCUGAAAGCAAAGGCAUUGAGAGAGGGAAGCCAUUCAAGUCAUAAGAGGGUUUCAUCAAAGGACCACUUCCAGAUGUGGUUGAGGUGGCCAGUCGCCAUGGUCAGAUCCUGCCUGCGAGGAAGCGGUGGGCAGUUGCGGUAGUCCCCUACUUAAUGUGUCAUUGAUGUGUUGGUGUGGAAUCCCACAGAUCUGCUCUGGAACAGAUCCACUUUCAGAAUCUUCUCUGCUAAAGUAGAUCCAUUUGGGGGUGGGAGGUGGAUGAGGGUGGGGCUGAUAGAUAAUAUGGGUAAUUUGGAGUUUUCUUUUGCUAUCCAUGGAUAUAGAACAGAAGCUAUUCUUCAUACCUGGAUUUAAAUUUAGUUUAACAUUCAGGGGUUGUGUGUAUGCCACAAUUCCUGGGAAGGACAGAAAAAAAAGCCACCAGUCUCUGGAGGCAUCAAGAUUUCACAUUUUGGGUGUUGCUGAGGUUUAUUUUUUGUUGUUUUUAAGCUGGUAUUAUUCUCUGUUCUAUAAUUGAUUGUUUUAUUGUUACUGGAAGCUGCCCGGACAACUUUGUUAGUGGGCAGCCUAUGAAUAUUAUUGCUCAAAUAAACAUUUUUUGUAAAAUAGAAAAAAAAAUAA